CAGACUCAGUGGAACACAGAAAUUCUUCCCUACUCGAGAUGGGAUUAUUUCAUGCGGCUUUACCGGCUUUAAAUCCAGCCCAUUUCGCGCCGGGCUAGUCGUAUAAAAUAAUGAUCGGCAAACGGUGAGUUUAGACAUGAAAUAGAUUGGAAAGAUAACCCAGUUUAGGGCAGAAGGUUCGUUUAAAUGCUUGGGAGCUCUGGUCACGCCUUUUGGAAGCAUUCUGAAGAAAAUUGCGUGAUGUGAAAGCUCCUUCUGAUCAUACGAUUUUCUACGAGUAGAUCAUCCGUCAACUGGCGAUGUCAGUUGAACGAAGUGCCUCAGAUCGAAAUGAUCAAUUAUCUGUAUGCGAAUUGUAGCCGAAUACAAGUGUGUGAAUUUAAUCUUCGACGUUGACAACGGAGAGUUUAAAAUACUUGGAAAAAAUUGAUCGACUACUUAUUGUCUUGUUGGAGCCUGGAGGUACUGGACCUUUUUCUCACUGACAGAAGUUAUGUAUCGAAAAAAAACAAAGACUGUCUGUCGAACCGGAUGCAAGAUAAUGUCAUCAAGCGUCACUCUCGCUUCCUGUUGAGAUACCUUCGUGGGUGGUGUUGCCUUGAGUAUACGUGAAACAUUACUCACGGCGUUUGAAAACGCCUAAAAAUGCAAAAUCUUUCGAUAUUUGAACGGUGAUUUUCAUGCCAGUGCCCUUGGCAAACAGCAGGAAGACGAAUGGAAAAUCUUGAGCCGUGAAUAUCGCCUACGACCAUAACCUAAUCUUGUGCAUUUUUUGUGGAAAAUGAAGUCUGGACGCUUAAAUGAACACAGAGGGUCCAUGCUUCUUUCCAAGGAUGAAAAUCAAGAGGUUUUUCAGCUCAUUGGGAAUCGGUGUCAGUGCCUUGCCGCUGGCGUGGUACAACUGUACCAAACUGAGACCCCAUUGCACAGAGAUUGGGUGAAGAAAGAUACAGGAGUAAUUACACUCAUUAAAGAUAACCCAAAACGUAGCUAUUUCUUCCGACUUUAUUGCAUACAAAGAAAAGCUAUGCUUUGGGAACAUGAGGUAUACAACUCUAUGGACUACAAAGCUCCUAUGUCUCAUUUUCACACUUUUGAGGGUGAAGAAUCUAUGAUAGCAUUUAACUUUGCCAAUGAGACGGAUGCUAUUAUUUUAAGGAGUAUUAUUCUUGAAAAGCUUAAUGCUAAACGACAAAGGAGACAGGAAAGAAAGUCGAGAACUUCUAGUGAUUCGCAUCAUUCUUUGACUCUACCUAAGAAGAGUCAUAGCAAUACUUCAGCAUUAGGUUUUAAUACUGGGAGUUCAACAAAUAUAUCAAAUGGGUCUCCAUCGUCUGUCACGGUUAACAGGAGUGUUUCCAGUAGUUCUAUGUACAAGACUAAAAAGAAUAAACAGGAUAAAGACCCAAAAAGAAGAUUAACCAAGGCAGAUAUUGGGUCUCCCUCAGAUUUCCGACACUUGGCGCACGUGGGCUGGGAUGAAAAUAAUAAAGGUUUGCAAUUGGAAACGGUCGAUCCGCAAUUGAGACAGUUUUUCGACAAAGUAGGUGUAUCCGAUGACCAGCUGAGAGACAGGGAUACGAGAGAAUUUAUCUACGACUUCAUCGAGAAUCACGGUGGUAUAAAUGCAGUCAAAGCAGCCAUUGUUCCACCAUCAGGAAUACAGGCCAGUCAAGCACCGCCUCCACCACCUCCGGGGCUCGGACCUCCACCUCCAGUACCAGCUAGAACUGUUCCAGUUAGUCCCGGACCUCCAACAAGUAGUUAUCAACCAAGAAGUGCUCCACCAUUGCCACCUUCUCGAACUGCUGUGCCACCACCUCCGCCUAAUGCUCCUCCUGCUCAUCGGCCUUUGCCUGCUCGUCCAGCCGCACCUGCUGUGCCAUCGCCGCCAUGUCCUCCACCACCGCCACCGGUGCCAACAUCCACAAAUGCUCCAGCCCCUCCACCACCUCCAAUCCCACAACUUACUGAAAUGGACAAUGAGACAAUAAAUAGUAACGCUACCAACAACAAUAACAACAAUGGCAGAGUACCUGAUACCAGGAAUGCUUUACUCGACGCCAUAAGGAGUGGUACUACCCUAAAGAAAGUGGAGAAGUCCGAGCCUCGGCCGAACUCAGCUGAAGAUACUAGGGGUAACCUACUAAGUCAGAUACGUCAGGGUAUUGAGUUAAAGUCAGUCACGAAUCAACCAAAACCAGCCCCAUCCCCGAUAAUGCAAGAUAGUUUGGCUGGAGCAUUAUCGAGGGCUCUUGCAGAAAGAUCGCGUGUGAUUCACAGUGAUAGUGACAGUGACGACUCAACGAGUGAAACCAGUGGUGAUGACUGGGACGAAUAGAUUGUUACUUUCAUGAAGAUUGGAAAGUUCGGCUUCCGGUUAACAGUUGAGACAUGGAGAGCUGAAAAGGGAGAAGGACGUAUUAGUUUGAUGAAUAGGCCAUUUGUAAAAUAAUUUGGAGCAAGGAAGAGGAAAAUGUUCUCUGGAAGAGUACUACGUACCCAAAACAAUAUCGGUAUAUUAGAAAGGUGCUGUCGUUUAUUAAUGUAGUCUUUGUAUUCAGCACAUUUCGUUCCGUAUAAGUUGGGUUAUUCUUGUGUUUUUUUGGAAUAAACAAGUAAGCUUCACGAGUGAUGUACCUAUAUAAAUUAUUAUAGUUAUGGUCAAUUACUAGACAUAUCUACUUUGCUUCGGUACGUAGUACUGUUUUUUGCUCGAAUAUGAUGAUUCACAAAGAAUUGAAAUAACUGCAUAUAACUGCUUCCCCAGUUUCAUGAAUAAAGAAUAAUUUAUUGUAGUUUUAAGCUAGAAUAUAACAAGCUCGUUAUAUUUGAAGUUAAAUAUUUGAACUACAAUGUUAAUCGUUGUGCAUGCUUAAAUACAUCUUGAAUAUUUUCUGAAGUCUGACUACGAUGGUAAGAUGUUUGUAAUGGCUUCGUGAUAUAAACGAUACCUUCCCUUCACUUUUUCCAGCACAACAUUAAAAUCCUGUAAAACAAACAAACAGAAAGCUGUAGCGAUGUGUUUAUUACUUGAAUGAUACAAAGUAAUGCAGAUCAAUUUUGGUGUCAAGUGUAUGUGCACAGUUCAAUAACAACAGAAACAGAGAAAAAAAGUAUCUGCAGCAAAUUUGUACAUUAUUCAUGUCGAAUUUAGAAUAGCAAACCGAUAUGUACUGGUAAAUCUCUGUUCUAACAAACAAGAGUAAUUGGAUAUCUUUUUUUUUAAUCAACUUUGGUUGUAGCUUUCUAAACAUUGAAUAACAUUUUUGAAGUCAAAAGUGGCCAGCAGAACUAAUAAUACUAAAUGAAUGAUUUAAUGUUCGCCGCUACGGAGAAAUCCUAGUCACACACAAGACAAGAUAUGUUAAUAAUUACUUUACUCUAUUAUAAUCUAUUGUUAAAUUCAGCAAGUCUCGUUAUAAUCUUCUCAUUCAGUGGCGGUAUUCUAUUAUCAUCAUCUGGGGUGAAAAUAUCUUCAUCACGUCCUAGAAAGUUCUGGCUCCUCUCACUUUUGCCGGCCUGAUUGUCUACAUCUAAAGGUGUUCUGAUGCCAAUUCAUAAUGCUGCAAGUGCUGCCAAUUCUAUUAUUAGCUUAUCAACGACAAUUAUGCAGAAAAACGUAUCUUGUACUGACCAUUAAGAACGGUAAAAUUUUGCCAAAGUUUAUUACUUGGUCGAUGUCAUAAUUUUUUGAAUAUUUACUAAGAUGAUAUAUAAUCAGAAAUAGAACUAAGCUGAGUUCGAUAAAUACUUUUUUGUGCAUUCUGGGCUCUUCUAUUUUUCUGUAUUAAAAAAUAUGAGAAGGAUGUGAUGAAGCUCUAAAUGUUCGACAUCGUAAUAUCAAACGCACCUGUAAUGUCUUAAAAGCAGAAAUCAAAUAUAUCAUGAAUUUUUGGAGUUGGAAGAGUUGGAGCUAGUGAUUGUAUUUCUGAUAGUGGAUUCUUGACAUGAGUAGAAUUCACAUGCGAACAAUAAUGAAAAAUAGUUUCUGAAUUAUAUGGUUGAAAUGCUAACAUAGAGUUCUAUCAAAUAUUUUUACUUCAAUAGAUACAUAUGUACAUGUAUAUAUAUGGGAAUUCUCGUGUUUGGAAAAUAAAAUGAAGAGAGAGAAUAAUUGAAGAAAAAAAAAACAAUAAUAGGUCAACCCUACAUGGUUACACAAGGAACUAAUUAACUGACACUGUUGCGUAAUAUCUUAGAAGUAUUUACUGCGUUAGGAGGUCUAGUGUAAAAUUUAUAUUAUUUAUUUAGUAUUCAAUUUAAAAAAGAAAAAGAACUUGUAAGUAAGGGCAAUGUGACGGUGGUGUACAAAGGUUGUACAGAUCCGAUUGGAAAUAUUUUUGCUACAAAUGUGGAGGAAUUCAAAAGUCACAAGACAGAGAUCGCACAUUUUUUCAAAUAUGAUAUUUACGUUUAUUGAUUAUUGUAUCUGUGUUGUCAAAUUAUCAAAAUAACGAUAUAAAAAAGAAAUAAUAGGACUAUCAAAAUAUCAAACUCACAUGAUUUAAAAAUUUCGAAUCUCAAUAGAGAAAAAACGAAAUAAUAUUCUGGUGAUAAUACGGCUAAUAUUACAUCCAACAUUAUCAAUAUUAUUAGUUAUUACAUAUUAUCCAUUUUUAAUCUAACGUUAUUAUUGAAAAUGGAUUGUACAGUUGCAUACAAUAUUUCAUACACAUUGUUAAGUCCUUUUAUUCGUUGCUUCGCUAUUGUAAAAUCAUUUCGCUCCACUUGUGCAAAAGUAACAGGUAAUAGCGAUUGAUAUUCCACAUAGUAAUGACUAUUAGCAAUGUCUAUGACACAUUGUAAUCGGCAGUGUAUGAACGAAAGUAUACAUAGUAUAAAGUAUGUAAUUAAUAUUGUUAUUUGUUAUACAAUAGCAUAAUAAAAAACUUGAUGGUUAUCAAAAAA